GGUACCGCAGGGUGCGCAGGGUCCGCAGGGCACCCAGGGGGCGUCGGCCCGGGACAGCCUGCGGGGCAGCCUGCUGGACAAGGCCGGCGCGAGCCUCUUGGUCGUUCCCCAGCGCGCGCCGCGUGUCGCGCGACUCACUGUCGGAGUGCUGUGUUGACGACAGGGGCUCCCUGUCGCCGAUCGCGUUCAGUCGGAUACCUUGGACUUUUGCAAACGGAAGGAUAACAUUUAUUUGAGCCAUGACAUCCAACGGAUUCCACGCGAUGGGAUGCCAUCCCGACGCCGGCGUGCCGGACAUGACCGUCAUCUCGGACAUCGACGAGAACGGCAUCAACCGAAACCUGCAAGUCCGCUACCAGCGGGACCAGAUAUACACCUACACCGGCUCGAUCCUGGUGGCCGUCAACCCCUACAAGGAAGUGGAGAUCUACUCGCCGGAGUUCGUGUUCAACUACCACGGCCAGAAGCUGGGCCUUCUCGAGCCGCACGUGUUCGCCCUGGCCGAGGCGGCCUAUGCCUCCCUGCAGGCCGCCAACGAGAACCAGUCCUGCGUCAUCUCGGGCGAGUCCGGCGCCGGCAAGACGGAGACCACCAAGUUCAUCCUGCAGUACCUGUGCUCCGUCACCAGCAACGUGUCCACCUGGGUGGAGCAGCAGAUCCUGGAGGCCAACACCAUCCUCGAGGCUUUCGGCAAUGCUAAAACUGUCCGCAAUGAUAACUCGUCGAGGUUUGGGAAAUUUAUGCAAGUUUGUUUUGAUAACCGGUGGAUGAUAAAAGGAUGUAUCAUUCAGGACUACCUGCUCGAACAAAGUCGAAUAACAUUUCAGAGUCCUCAAGAACGCAACUAUCAUGUCUUCUAUCAACUAGUGGGUGGUGCUAAGAACAACAAAGAGCUUGCUGACCAAUAUCAUUUAAGAUCAGCAGACUUUUACAAAUAUUUAAAUCAAUCUGGCUGUACUACUAUUGAAGGUGUUUGUGAUGCAAAGAAAUUUGACGCACUUCGCCUUGCAUUCAAUGUUGUACACAUUCCAUCCAGUAUGGUGGAUGGCAUUUUUGGUGUUUUGUCUGCUAUUUUAUGGCUUGGAAAUACAGUUUUUGAGGAUGUGGAUGGUGAACGUUGUGAGCUGGCUGCAUCAGACAAAGAAGUUGUAAAUAAAGUUGCUCAGUUAUUAGGUCUUGAAGAGAAUGAAAUUGCUCAAGUCUUGCUCAAAAGACAAAUUAAUGUCCGUGGUAAUAUUACUGAAAUUCCAUUAAAACUUCAAGAGGCGGAUGAAAACAGACAUGCUAUGGCCAAGGCUCUCUACUCAAGGACAUUUGCAUGGCUUGUGAACCACAUUAAUACGUGCACCAAUCCAGGAAAAGAUGCUCAAAGAUUUCUUGGUGUUUUAGAUAUUUUUGGUUUUGAGAACUUUGCUGUAAACUCUUUUGAGCAACUCUGCAUCAACUACACCAAUGAGAAACUCCACAAAUUUUUCAACCAUUAUGUGUUUGCAUUAGAGCAGGAAAUUUAUCGACAAGAAGAAAUUCAGUUUUCUCACAUAACAUUUACGGAUAACACAUCCUGUUUAGAACUUGUGGAACGACCUCCCAGGUGCAUUUUGAAAUUGCUCACAGAACAGUGCCACAUGCCAAAGGGCUCAGAUCUUGCAUAUCUAAACAAUCUCCACUCUGAAUUUGAUAGUCAUCCACAGUAUGUCAAAGGAGAAGACAAGAGAAACUGGGAGAAAGAAUUUGGAAUCGUCCACUAUGCUGGGGCUGUGACGUAUAAUGUUACUGGAUUUGUAGACAAAAACCGAGAUGUGCAGCAGGACGUAUUCUUUGACUUUCUUUCACGGUCCAAAGUUGACUUUGUCCAAGAACUCACAGCUUUCCAGGAUCUGCUCAGCUGCACAACAGCUAGAAUGGGUAAUGUCAAUGGAGGCACCCAACAAACAAUGGCUAGAGGCACUAGCAAGGGAAAACCAACAGUCAGUGAUACUUUCCGCCACCAACUACAGGCACUUGUAGAUGUACUUCAAGCCACCAACCCAUGGUAUGUCCGCUGCAUCAAACCCAAUAUGCACAAGGCUUCCAACAAUUACAAUGAAGCUCUUGUUCUUGAUCAACUGAAGUACCUUGGUAUGCUGGACAUUAUUCGCAUUCGUAAGGAGGGCUUUCCUAUUCAUUUCACCUUUGAAGAUUUCAUGGGUCGCUAUGGUUGCUUGUCCAGAAAUCGCAAAAAGCAGCCAAAUAUUAAAGACGCAGUGAGGGCCCUGAUCAAACAAUUUGAAAUCCCUGCAAAGGAGUGGCAGAUUGGAAAGACUAAGGUGUUUUUGAGGGGGUGUGCUCAUGAGCCAUUGGAAGAUGCACGCAUGGUACUCACAAACAAAUGUGCUCUCAUCAUUCAAAGAGUAUGGAAAGGUCAUCGCAUUAGAAAAGAGUUUGUCAAAAAGCGCAAUGCAACCAUGAUGCUUCAGCAUGCAUACAGAGGAUGGAAGCAAAGACUAUCAUUCUUACAAAUGCGUCGUGCUGUGAUUGUUAUCCAGUCUCAUCUUCGUGGUGUCUUUGCUAGAGAAGUGGCAGCUGCUUUACGUGAAAUGCGUCGGGUUGAAGAAGAAAUGCGCAAGCGAGAAAAACUAGAAGAAGAACGGCGACAGAGGGAGUUGGAGCGUGCUGCUCGAGAGCAAGAACAAGCACGGUCUGAAAAAGAGUUGCAACAAGAACUUGAAGACUGUGAGAGCCAAUACAACGGCUUGAGUGGAAUGGAGGCUGGGGCUGCUCAACAAGAAAUAGCAGCGUUAUCAGAAAUUGCAGGACAACUCAAUUCAAAAUUAGCAGCAAGUGUCUCAGAACAAUCAGGGGAGUCUGUUGACCUAGAUAAUUUAUUUGCAUUCUUAUCAGAUGUGCAAACUGGUCAGAAUGUCAACAGAAACCACAUCAUUGAUCAAAUUGGUGAACAAAUGGAUGAGUUGGUUGGAGAUUUAGAUGUGGAGCUUGAAACAGUAAUCCAGCAAGAAUUGGAAGGCCUUACUGGACAGCCCCAGCCGCCGUGUAGCCUGGACUUGCCUCACCAGAUGCGAGGCUGCUCUGCUCCCAAGUGCUCCAAACCCACCUUGCCCGAGCCAACUGAACCUCCGCCACCUCCACCGGCCUUCGCCAACCAGGGGGCGCCCCCUCCUCAGCCACCCCCAGUCUCGCCCCCAGAGCCACCCUCGCCGUCAGUUCAGAACACGCCACUGACGCCGCCCACCACGUUCCAGACGGCGCCCGCGCCAGCCACCAACGCCAAGAACGAGCCCAUCUACGAGAGUGUGCUGCCGCGGAACGACGGCUGCGUGUCGCCGCCGCCCCUGCCGGCACCGCCUCACAAGCUGCGGCCCAAGAGCCCCUGCGUGGAGCGGCUGCACACCCAGACGCGCAGCCGGGGCUCCAGCCCCAACCCCAUCCACAGCACCAUCCCCAACCCGAUCCACAACGGGCACUCCCCCAUCGUGCAUCCCGCUGGCGUCCCAGUCCCAGGCCUCGGCCACCACACCCUCAGCCACGGCCCGAGGUCCGACUCUCCCUUGACGCACCCUGGAACGGGAUCCGCCUCUCCCAGGCACAGUCGUCCCAGCUCUCGCUCCAGCGUCCCCACUAAUGGUCAAUGGAAUGGCGCUCAUGAAGAUCCAGAGCGAGACCAAAGGCGGAGGUUCCGAGUUGAGCGCAAACUACAGGAGCUGGAAGAAACCACACAAGUGGCUCAAAUCCGCUCUGCUCUGGAUGAUCCAUACCACGACAUUGUUGAGUUUGCUCAGAGCUACUUUAACCCACAUGAGCGUUCACCUGAAGGGACUAUUAUUGCCACUUUAACUCGGAAGCGCAAGUCAAUGGAAAUAAUGCCAAAAUAUGAAAUGGUGACAUACUACAAGGGCAACAGCAUACCCACUUCACAUAUUCAUCUCUAUGAUCCAGAGAAUGUGAAUGUGGCCUGCUCGAUUUUCAGGGAUCUUUGCCGCUACAUUAGGGGAGAACUGAAACCUGAAGCAGAAAUCAGCUCUAUUCAAGCAAUUAUUGGAUAUGGCAUUGAAAGGGAAGAGUUGCGUGAUGAAGUAUUUGUGCAGUGCAUUCGCCAGGCAACCAACAAUCCCAAUCCUGAGUGGAUAGAGCGUGUGUGGCUUCUUUUGUGUCUGGCCAUUGUCGCUUUCCAGCCCAGCAAGCUGCUGUUCAAAUAUUUCGUCUGUUUCCUUAAGAAGAACUUACAAUUAGAUGGUAAAAUGAAACAAUAUGUUCAGUGGUGUCUGGAUAACUGUAAUAAUAGCAAAGUGUCAUGUCGUCAACAUCCACCUUCAACUGUGGAAAUUGCUGCUAUGCGGCGCCUGGGAACUAUUGUAUGCCGAUUUUUCUUUUUGGAUGGUCGCACCAAAGCUAUUGACAUACACCCAACUGACACUGCAAGUGAUGCCUCUGCAAAACUGGCUGACAAACUAGGUCUCCGCUCUCUUGAGGGCUGGGCCAUUUAUCAGAGCAGACCAGAUGGUGAAGAGCAUGUGCGUGCCCAUCACUAUCUUUAUGAUGUGAUAGCUGCGUGGGAAAUGAAACAAGCAAAACAGGGACAAUCAUCAUCCUCUUUCCCAACACUGAGCAGGAGAGGUGAACGAUCAACUCUUGGCAGCGGUGAGAAUCGCUUCAUUUUCAAAAGACGUCUAUUCAAGGCCAACCAUCUACGUGAACUAUCACAAGAUCCGGUGGAAAUUAAUAUGUUGUAUGCACAGGCUGUUUAUCACGUUGUUAAGUGUGAUGAUUUUCCUGUUAGUGAGAAAGUUGCCUUGCAACUGGCUGGCCUACAGUCACAAGUCAUGCUGGGUGAUCCCAAAGACAACAAUAGACUUGAUUACUACAAUGAUGUAGAUAGCUUUCUUCCAUAUCGUGUUAGCAGAAGUCGGGGAGAGGAUGUAUGGGUACCUAUCAUAGCGCAUGCUCACCGUCAGUAUGGAGCAGGACGCUCUGAGAUAGCUUCUAAGGUGCUGUACUUGUCAUGUGUCAUGCAGUAUCCAUUGUAUGGGACAACAAUGUUCCCUGUCACAUACAGAGGAUAUUGGUCUUAUGGUAACAGCCUCAUUUUGGGUGUUCAUUGCAAUGGUCUGAUGUUGAUAAAGCCCGAUGAUAAGUUUGUAAUAUAUGAAUACCGUUAUGAAGAUGUCGAAUCUUUGUUCCUGGAUCCAAGUGAUUCAUUCAUUACAAUCAAUGUAAUGCGUCAGCAUCCAGGGCAAGGACUUCACCAGAACCAGCAGGGCCAACCAGAGAAUACUCAUAAGUGCUUUGUGUUUGAGACACCUCAGAAAAAUGAAAUAGGAUCACUUAUAGUUAGUUACUGCCCUCAACUAGCUGGCUGGAUCACUGAAAGUGAAGCACCUGCUACAAAGAAGGUGAAAGGUAUAACCAAUGAAGACAGAGUUAGGCUUUACCACAAUCUUGUAAACUGCAGAAGAGUUUUAAUUGAUGGGGAAUUACUGCGUAAACCACAAGACACAGGGGCCAGCUUCCUCAGGAACACUCUUCGAAGAUUGAGCAAACACCGACUUGAGAAGUUAAGACUGGACAAUGGCGGUUCAGGUGACAGUGGAGAAACUUACAAAGGUUUUCCUUACACCUACUGGGCUUUUAGUCGCCAGCCUAUUGGUCAGAGCCUGAGCAAACUUCCAGAAGGAGAAGAGACCCUUGGUUUGCAAGUCUUUAACACAAUCUUAACUUAUGCUGGUCUAGGGCAAGAUGGUGAUAGUGUGCGCAGAGCUGAAGAUGAACACAUUAAUCUUAUUAAGUCCAUUAUGGAGCGCUGCAUGAGAUCUGAGCAUCUUCUUGCAGAAUUGUACUUGCAACUGAUCAAGCAAACAACUGAACAUCCUGAUCCAAAUUCUAGAGUAAAUUUAAGACAUUGGGCUUUACUUUCCCUUGCCUGUUCCGUCAUUUUACCUCCUCAAAAACCAUUGCGACGGUAUCUCAUUGCUCAUCUCAAGAGAUGUGCCUCUGACUUUAUCACUGAAGAGGGCAAAUUUGCUCGUUUUGCAGAGAAGUGUUUGUACAAGACCCAAGGAACGAGGAGAAGACAGUGGCCUCCAUCAAGAGAGGAAAUUAUGUGCACCAUCAACCGCCGACCGAUCUAUGCUCGUUUCCAUUUCAUGGAUGGUCAAUACCACGCUGUUGAGUUCCAUCCAUCUGCUACAGCAAAGGAUGUUAUGGAAAUAGUUAAAACGAAAAUUGGCCUCAGGGAAAAAGCAAUGGGCUAUGCCAUUUAUGAGGUUCUGGGAAGCUCUGAAAGAAGCCUAAUGCCUGAUGAAAAGGUUGCUGAUGUUAUGUCAAAGUGGGAAAGGUAUCGAGCAACCCUUGCUGCAGAAAACUCGGGACAAUCAAAUACCGGUGCCUCAAGUGGUACCCUUAAUCGAAGAGGCCAGCAAGUCCAACAGUCUGCUCCUCAACCUCUAUUUCUUUUCAAGAAACAUUUGUUCCUUGAUGAAUACAUGGACUUAGAUGACCCUGUUGAGAAAGAACUGCUCUAUCAUCAAGUCCUGCAUGGACUGCGAUGUGACCGGUAUCCAAUUACAGAAAUGGAGGCUGUAAUGUUGACUGCGCUGCAAUCUCAGCUUGAAUUGAGUGACUGGGAAGAAAGUCUUCUGGAUUAUCGCUCCAUAGCUAGCCACUGUCUUGCUCCACGGUUAGUACCUGGAGUACCAUCUGAGGCAGUCGUUAUGCACCACCAGUCACUGUCUGGAAUGACUCCUCCUGAGGCUAAGCAAGCGUUCUUGAAUCUCAUUCAAAGCUGGCCUCUCCACAGAGCAACUAUUUUUGAUGUUAUGCAAUCAUUUACUUCCAACUGGCCACGAGUACUGUGGUUGGCAGUAGAUCAGGCUGGCCUUCAUCUUCUUGAGCACCGAUCAAGAAAUGCUCUCUGCUCAUAUGAGUAUGAAAGCAUCAUCAGCUACUCCCCAGCUGUCAACUGCCUCAUGAUCAUUACUGGAAGUGAUCGUAAACAGAGUAAAGUUAUUCUCACCACAUCUCAGGCAUUCCAAAUAGCUAAUUUAAUUCGAGAGUACUGCGAGGUGUUGGCUGGUCCACAGCAAGAUGUGAAGCGUCAACAUCAACAAGUUCAUCAACAAACUCUAAACAGAAAACGAUCCACCAAUGCUCAGAAUGGAAGUAGUCGGCCAGCCAGCAUACUGCACAAAAAUGCAGCAAUUAUUGAACCACAGCCGAGCUAAUCCAUGAGAAGUGUAAUUUUCUGUUAGUAGCAUGAAGUUACCAAAGCAUUGGCUGCUCUGUUCCAGGUAACAUUAUGCUUUCAAAAAAAUAUCUGAAAGUAAAUUAAUUUUAAUGGUGCUUUAGUUACUCUAAUUUCCAGACAAAAUAUGUCAAGCAAAAUGCUCAGAUACAAAAUCUUUGCAUGCCAAAGGUUAUGAUCUCUAAUUUCAAAGAAAUGUCUCUCUUUUUUUAAAAAAACUAUGUAUUAGUCAUACAGCAUUAAGUUGAUUAUGAUAUUGCUUGCCAUAGCCAUUUUAUGUACUAGUAUUUACAAUAUUAUCACAAAAGUUAUCCACUUCUAAGUCAUUAUUUAGGUGUAGCUUCAAUUUUUUUAAACGAAUUAAAGAAAUAGCAAUUACCAUAUUACUGUCUUGAAUAUCACACUCAUGGCGCUUCUGCCAUGAGGAAUGUGGAGUGAAAUACAAGACAGGAUUCAGAGCUGAACUGGUGCAUCUGUACAUAAUUGUAUGCAGAAUAAGGCUUGUAAAGAAUCUGUACAAUGUAUUUAUAUGAUGUAUUAUAUGUGAUGUACAUUAAAAGAAUGUAAAUAAGAGGUGAAAUAUGAUACUGUACCUAAGCAUCCUCAUUGUUUCUCUUAAUGAUUUUUGUUUCUUUUUGUGAAGUGUUGGAUUCAAUUGUUAAGAUGUUUUUAUUUGUUGAAGGAACAUUGUGGUCUUCUUGUGACCCUGCUGCCAAAUUAAUGCUGUUUAUGUUCAACUGUUUGCAUUUUUUUAAUUGAACUGAUCCGAAACCCAAUUUAGACAAUAUUGUAAUUAUUAUCAAUGCAUUGUUUGUUGUGUGCAUUUGACUGAAGUUCAGCAUUGUAACUUAAAACUGCCAAAGAAUCAAAAGACAUGCAUUUUUCAAUGUAUUUCUUUCUCAGUAGGUAAUAUUUCGUCAAAGCGAUCUGCAACAAUGAAUUUGAAGUUUGCUGUUCAGAUCUUUUAGUCUAAUUAUUUGAAACUGACAGAUCUUCCAGUGACACGGUUCAGGUCCAAGUACAUUUUGCUCAUACCUUCAGGACUUUUUUCCUUAAUUUAUAAAUCCAAUGUAAUAUAAAUGAUUAAGAGUGUUUAGCACUAUUCCCCUGUGUUACCUUUGGACCAUAAUCUUCCUUCUGUAUGUGUACUGUGUGCCUGAAGCAGUGUUGGUGAACCGUACCUGCUAUGGAUUAAAGUAGCUUAUUUCAACUUUCCAUCUAGUUUGUCAAGCAAUGGACGUGUUGUAUAUCUUUAUCAUCUUUUUCAUGUACAAUGUUAAAAAGGAAUGUAAUUCUUCUCGUUAUACAACACUAAGUGUUGGUUCAUGUUAUUGAAUGUUUUGCAUUGAUGCUGAGUAUCUUUAUCAGAAGGUAUGCUGUGGCUUCUGGCACAUAACCAGCAAUCCACCAGUUCAGUGUAAUCCAUUGCAUUGACUAAUUUUUUCUAAGGGUUUUAAGACGACCCUAUCUAGCCAGAGCCUGUGAUAGUAAUUGUACGAUAGUCAAGGAAAAGAUGAUAAAGAGUGAUAAUAGUAUUGAUGUAAAUAUUAAGGGUGAAUGUUUUAAUCUAUUGAAAUUUCAGCUACUUUUACUUAUUGACGCGUCUUUUUAAGUGAAGUGGUAUAUUAGAUAUUGUACCAUGAAUACAUUUAAUGAAGGAAAAUCAAAAUUAACUGUCUUUGUUAUAUCUUUACCAAACUCACGUUGCUUUCACCAAAAGAUUUCAUUUUGAAUGCUCCUCAGGGUAUAAAUUAAUUUCUGCUCGUUAUUUAUGGAAGGUUGUCUAAAGUGUUCAACCCAUCAGCAUUGGAAUUUUCUAUCAGCAAAACUAAGCUUUUAUCAUAAGGCUCCCAGCUCAACCUUCCCAACAAAUUCUCUCAACUUCAUCUUAAUAAAUUCAAUAUUACACUAACUUACCAUUCUAGUGAAUACAUUUUGGGUUACCAAUUUCUGUAGCAUGUUCCUACUAUAUCAGAUAUCAUUAUUAGAUAUAUAUUGGGAAAGGCAUAUAAAGAGUGAGAGUACAAACUGUUCAGAGAAUAUUUGAAGGAUAAGAAAUAACUGCUUUUUAAGGUAGAAAACGAGCUGUCAGUUUCAGCUGACUUUCCAUUUAUACAUGUAUCUUUCUUUUAAAGUUUCUUUAUGAAGUACAAUAAAAGACAAACUUGUAUUUCUGAGAAGGUGUUUAUUUUACCAUCUGCACUGGUUUGGUAUUGAUGAGCUUUUGUUAAUACAAUGCGUUAAAUAAACAAAUUCCAGCCCUU